GAAGAAGAUUCUCUACUGUGAUUGGGCAGAGUACCACGUGGUUAAGUCAUCAUACUCGGAAGAAUGACAUGUUUAUUUAUCGUUGCUAACAUUUCAGGUAUCUUAAUGCUAAAAGGGCACAAACGUUGGCGGGACCAAGAUGGCAUCUUACUUUGAUGAACAUGACUGUGAGCCCACCAACCCUGAGGAACAGUAUCGCCAGAAUGCACUUCUUGAAUUGGCCAGGUCUUUAAUGCAGGGCUUGGACUUACUUGACUCAGGGGCGUUUGACUUGUCAGACUGGGACCAGCGUCUUCCUCCUCCAGCUGCCAAAACUGCUGUUCAGACCCUUACCGUGGUCAUCAUUUCUCCAGAGCAAGCAGACAAAGGUCUCAAGUGUCCCGUGUGUUUGCUGGAGUUCGAGGAACAAGAGACGGUUCGAGAAAUGCCUUGCAAACACCUUUUCCACUCAGGAUGUAUACUGCCCUGGCUGGGCAAGACUAACUCCUGUCCACUCUGCCGACUUGAAUUACCGACCGACAAUCCAGAGUAUGAGGAGUUUAAAAAAGACAAGGAGAGAAGAAGACAGAGAGAGCACAGGCUGGAAGACCUACAUGGAUCCAUGUACACAUGACAUGCUGUGGUGCAAGUUUGUGGCACAGUGACAUUGUACUAAAUUUGACAUUAUAAAUUUUACAAAUAUGCACUAUGCUGUGUUCAUGCCAUGUCAUACAGAAUGUAAUUUCAAGCAUGAGGAUAUCAUGCCCGUGUCUGCCUCAUAUUUGUAGUUAAGAGUUAGAAACAUCAGUGACAUCUACAAUAUCUCCAAAUUGACAAAACAAAGCUACAGAGCUACAGGAAAUUGUUAGCAAAAUGGCUGCAAAGCCACCAUCACAGGCAGCUCCAUCUAAAUAAAACCCAAUAUUACAAAUAUGCAACACAAUAAUAACAGUAACAGAGGAUUUUCCUGUUCCUUCCAUUCAUUUGACAUGGCUUGAAUGCAUCAUAAGACAUAGGAACAUUAAAUAAUGCUGAUCUUUAAGUUGGAUAAAUGCUCUUUUCUUACUUGUUAGGACAAAUAUAUUCUAAGGUGGCUAUGCUUUGGACAGUAGGCCUGAAACAUUUUAGUUCAGCGUCUUCAUUCCUUUUUCUAAAUAUAAAAUCAAUGAGCUUUAAAUAUAAAAAAGACAUCUGUUGAGUUGUUUUUGUCUAAUUAAUAUGAAUAAUUUAAAGAUAUGAACAUGCUUUAAUCAAGGACUGUUUUUACACAAUAUUGUUUAAAUCUGAGAGAAUUUUGGAAGUGCACUCCAGCAGUGUAGUAUCAAUAGUGUACACUCACAUCAAUUCUGCAUAAUAAUUAAAGACAUAGUGAAAGAAGAAAUGUCAAAGUUCUUCAACUUUGACAUUUCAGAGGUCGAAAUAUCUUGAUCUAUAAUUUCUAGUAUAGGUCGAACUCCAAAGAUGCUGGAUCCUACAUUUCUCAUUAUGCAUGAUGUUAGACCCUUCCUGCCUGUCUUUCACACCUUGCCGUCAGUGUAACACAGGCUCUCUGUAAAUGUGUAGUCUCCAAGCCAAAGGACAAACUGGACAAAGCUCAUCUAGAGCCACAGAAGACAUUAUUUUUGUGAGUCGUACUACUCAUGCUGAGUAAACUGACCUUCAUGUGUACAAUUGUUUGGAGUGCCCCUUUAACUUGUCCCAUGAUGUUGCAUCUCCUCUCCACAGGCCUGGACAGAGGAACAAGCAGUAACAUAACCAGUAUGGUCUGGGUUGAUUUUGAUGCUUCUACAUCACAUGUUGAUUUAUACUGCUUUCAAACCACAGCAAUAAUCUGGGAAAAACUCAGUUUGCCAUUGGUGCUCACGUCUUAACACACAUACUUGGACCUGCUGACACUGCUCAGCUUGGUUGUGAGUUUAAACCAACAGUAGUGCAGAAAACAGGUUAGACAAAUCAUCUGUUCUUCAGAUGUACUUUGAUACACGUCUGUUUGGCAGCUUGUGAAUGUGAAAACACAAAAUAUUUCUCCUUAAUUCUUUCUGUUGAUUUUAAGCAGGUCUACAGAGCAUGUUCACUUCGCACAGCGUGUUAAGGAAAGCUGUGUUUUGUUUUUCCUUCGGGGCUCCAGUUGUGCUGCAUAUUUGGUGGCACAAAUAUUUUUUUUCUCUAAAUAUGAACACACUGAGAAGAAUGGGUUAUCUGUUUUCGCCUGUCCCACACUGGUGUUGUGAAGCAGCAAUAAAUAGCUUACGGAUGUGCAUGGAGAAGUUUACUGGUCUUUUAUAUUCCAACACAGAUUGACUGAAAAAUGUUGAAUUGUCUUAAUAAAAUAAAUUUGGUUAAUUUUUGGUGUCUUUUUAGAUAAUACAAUACAGUUUAAGCUACCUAUAGUGUGGUUAUACAGUAGCCUAAAGUAAAAUAUAUAGUAGUACCACAGUAGACUAAUUAUAGUUGAAGAAAAUCAACAAUAAAAGAAAGUCCAGUCCAAAAGUUUGCUGUGCUGAUGUGAGGCAUCGAAAUGAAUGUGAACCAGGGGCCCCCUCUACUUGCUCUGACCGCACCCAUGAUCUAACUUGCCCUGAAUUUUUUAGAAAGAUUGUGACCCAGCUGCCAUGUUGGAGACAGUCUAACCGAUGCAAAGCACUGUCCACUGAAUAGAGCAAACUUUCUCAUUUUACAGCUAAACAGUCACUAAAAUAUGUUACUGAAAAGAUUUGAGGUGAGAAACAGGCAAUGCAGUGACAGAAUCUUGAUUCAUAUUUGAUCAGCACUGCCUAGUUUGACAGUUUGACCUUAGAUCACGAGUCGUGACUGAAACAAUUGACAGCUGCGUUAGAGACUCCUCAGCUCUAAUUUGUUGUUUUUGGUGAGCCACAGUAGAGUCUAGCAAAUGCCAUUAGACGCAGUGGGAGGAGGAGGGACAUGGUAUGUGUCAGACUCUCUCUCUCAUGUACAUUGUUUUUACAUGAGUUGUCAAGAGUUGGAGAUCUCGGCUGUAGAAAUGUCUGCCUUUUCUCCAGUAUUACAGAACUAUGGCAUUCAGCAUGUGGUGCUCAAAGCACCAAAACAUAUUUGAAAAACUCAACAGCAAUGUCAGUUUUACGUAGGAACUAUUUAAGAACUACACCCGUCCCUAUAUCGCUGUGUAGAAGGAAGUGAUUCGAAUCUGCUCCAAAUUAUAAUGGGUUCUUUUUUGGCCUAUGCAACACCUUUCCACUAAGUUAAAUCAAGCCUGUUGACAUACAAAUAAACCAAACCAAAAGCAUAACCUUCUUUGUGGAAGUAAUCUCCCUACCUCUUCCCUCUUCUUUUUUUUUUAUUUAACUGAAAUAUUCCACAAUAUGAUAAUGGGGCUUGAAUUUGUUCAGUAGAAGCCAUUCUUUGUCAUCUGCUCUGCCAAAAGUUGUUUCUAUUUCUGCUUGCAAAUAAAGACAUUUUUAAAUAAAAGCAACCACUCUGACUAUUAACCAUAGUUUUAGCAUGGUAGAAAAACUAUUCCACAUGGUCUACAUAAGUACUGCAUGAAUACGUCAUUGUCCUCUGUGUUGGGCAGCAACUUACUGACAAUGUUUACAAAGACAACAGCAAGAACAACCCGUGCAAAACAUCUAAUAAUUUAUCAUUUUUAUUUCAUAUUUGAAUAUAAAUCUCUGUCAAAUGAAAAUACCUAAAUGAUAGACAAAUCAUACAUAUUUACAUAAUUUAUAAAAGGAAACAAAAUAAUCUGUGUUUUUAAACUUGUUCUGGGGAUUUCUCGGACUCCAUUACCAUUCUUUUACAUAUUUUUCAAAACGAGGAAAUCCGACUAAUACAUUUUUAUAGACACUGUUUCUGGGUUGCUGUUGCAAGAGUUCAAGACAUGUACAGGUCAGGCAGCCUUUAGUAAUAUAGGAUUCUCCCACCAACAAAUAUAUCAUAUGACAGUUACUGGUGUGUACAUUUUGACAGAAAAAGGAAAAAAUAGUAAAAUCCACCUUUAAAUUUUGGCCUGUGGAAGAUGGUAUUAUGGAAUAAACGCUGUUACAGAAUAAAUCCAACCCUGGUGUGAGGGCUCAUACAAGCUGCCAUUUGUAGUCACACAGUGUGACAUAGUUACAGUUUGGUGAAAUAGGCUACAGCUGAACACAAAAACACACAAAAAAGAAAA